AUGAACGUUACAAUUGUCGGCGCAACUGGCGAGGCCGGUUUGUCCAUCAUCGAUGCUCUGUCGUCCUCUUCAAAUGAGUUUAAAUUGACUGCAUUUGUGCGACCUGCUUCCAUCAACAAACUUGAAGUUGGGCAAAUCAAGAACAAGGGCGUUUCCGUGGUCCCUAUCAACCUUGAAAGCAACCACGAAGGACUUGUCAAGGCUCUCGCUGGUCAAGAUGUGGUCAUCAGCUGUCUUGUGCCUUUCACUACAGGGCCUGAAAUCGCUUUGGCAACUGCUGCCAAAGAAGCUGGAAUCAAACGAUUUGUCCCUAGUGCUUUUGGUCCGCCCUGUCCUCCCGCAGGUGUCAUGUUGCUUAGGGAACUGAAAGAAAACAUUAUCAACCAUGUCAAGAAAGUCUAUCUCCCCUACACCAUCAUCGAUGUCGGUUUGUGGUAUCAGGUCUCUCUUCCUCCUCUGCCUUCUGGCAAGAUUGACUAUGCGCUCAAAUUUCCCGCCACCGUCGUCGCUGAGGAUGGCUCUCACGCUACAAGCGUGACAGACCUGAGAGACGUUGGAAAAUACGUUGCCAAGAUUAUCACCGAUGAGCGAACCUUGAACAAAUACGUCUUUGCCUAUAACGAGGUCUGGACUCAGGAGGAAAUCCACAGCCACCUCGAGAAGGUCAGCGGUGAGAAGAUUCCGCGCAACUUGAUGCCAACCAAAGAUAUCGAGGCCACCAUUGCCGACGCUCAGGUCAAGUACGAUGCGAGUGACAAGAGUCUUCCCUUCAUCUUUGGGCUUGCUGGUCCUCAGUACCUCUACUGCGAGUGGUUCCGUCAGGACAAUCUCCCCGAGCCUGCCAAGUAUCUGGGCUAUCUCAGCACCAAAGACCUCUAUCCCAACUUUGAGCCGAUCAAGUAUGUGGACUAUGUGGAUGAAGUGGUGCAAGGCAAGGGCAAGAGCAUUUAUGCGGACCGUUGA